UCCCACCCUCCUUCCAAGAUAAACCAUAGGAAAAACAGAAAGGGGCAACCCCCUCCGCCACCCACCGCCCAAUUCCUCAUCCACCACCACCGCCACUACCACUAUGCCAAUCUUCAAGACCCCAUUCAACGGCUAUGCCGUAAAAUUCAGUCCAUUCUACGAGCACCGCCUGGCCGUCGCCACUUCCCAAAACUUCGGCAUCCUCGGCAACGGCCGCCUCCACGUGCUCGACCUCUCUCCCGGCGGACCCAUCACCGAAUUCGCAUCCUUCGACACAGCCGACGGCGUCUACGAUAUUUCCUGGUCUGAAACCCACGAUUCCCUCAUCAUCGCCGCCGUCGCCGAUGGCUCCGUCAAGCUCUACGACUUAGCUCUACCUAUCACCUCCAACCCAAUUCGAUCACUCCAGGAACACGCUCGGGAAACCCACUCUGUGGAUUACAAUACUGUGCGUAAAGAUUCGUUUCUUUCGUCUUCUUGGGAUGAUACAAUCAAGCUAUGGACGAUUGACAGGCCCACGAGUGUACGGACGUUCAAGGAGCACACGUAUUGUGUGUACGCCGCCGCAUGGAAUCCUCGUCAUGGUGAUGUUUUUGCUUCUGCUUCCGGUGAUUGUACUGCUCGCAUUUGGGACGUGCGCGAGCCGGGGUCUACCAUGAUUUUACCUGCACACGAAUUUGAGAUACUGUCGUGUGAUUGGAAUAAGUACGAUGAUUGCAUCAUUGCGACUGCAUCCGUUGAUAAGUCUAUAAAAGUUUGGGAUGUGAGGAAUUAUAGGAUGCCCAUUGCAGUGCUCAAUGGGCAUGGCUAUGCGGUGAGGAAGGUGAAGUUUUCGCCACACAGAGGGAGUGUGAUUGCUUCAUGUUCCUAUGACAUGACAGUGUGUUUGUGGGAUUAUAUGGUGGAGGAUGCACUUAUUGGGAGGUAUGACCACCAUACGGAAUUCGCAGUUGGGGUGGACAUGAGUGUGCUUGUUGAGGGGCUUUUGGCAAGUACCGGUUGGGAUGAACUUGUUUAUGUUUGGCAACACGGGACAGACCCGAGAGCACCUUAAAUUGCAGUUUUUUUUUUCUUACUUUUUACUUUUGAUUUUAAAUAGAACUUGCAUUAUUUAGGGGACGGGGGAGAAAAAUAUGUUUGUAUACCUGUUUUUGGGUGUUCUGUGGUGAUGGUUUUGAAUAAUUGUACUAUUUUGUUUCUCUAUUUAGUUAGGGUUUUGGUGAAAAACUCGAUCAAUAACACCAUGACCCUGUUUUCGUCAUUGUCCCUACAGAACAGUGGUGUUUCAUACUCAAAUCAAUUGAGCUACAUCCGAAAAGUGUUUUAGAAGUGUUGUGCUUUUUAAAUUGUUAUGAGCCUCUCUUAAAUGAGUAUGACUUGCCAGAAAUGUUCAGUCUUGUAGGAUUCAUUUGACAUGUUGGAAGUGG